GGUCAUUGGCUCCGGACCUCCCCCCACCAACCUCACUUAUACUCUAAAACUUCAUCAGGAGCGGGGUGGGGGGGGUAGUCAGGAAAAGGCAGGUAUCCCGAAAGGACUCUGAUAGACUAAAGAUUUAUAUGAUAAUGGAGGCCUGGCGAUUGCUGAGUUAAAGUGGUUUUUCCUUCCAGUACAGCACUGACAUUAGGACAGGUGGGAGCUUCCUGGAGGAAUAAUACUCUUCCUAUCACAAGUCCUUGUCGGUAGGCUGCCGGUCCUAAAGAAACUUUGUUUUCAUUUCCUUCUGCCUGUUUCCCAUGUCACUCAUGGGAGGGUGAUGUUAGGGCUCCAGGAAAUUGAGCUACGGGUUUCUGGGAGUUAGGCUAUGGAUAAGAAUGCUUCCUCCUGUGUAUCACUAAGAUGUUGCUAAACUGAUGGAAACCCCUGUCUUGUAGGACUGUGAGCUUGAUCAGGUAACCAUUUUUUUUCCCCAUUCCCUUAGUUUUGGGGCAGCUAGGAGGGCCUGAGGGAUGCCACACAAAUCUCACGAUACACAUGAGGGAUGGGGGUUGUGGGUAUCAGCUUGUGCUGUGUCCUCAGCUUGCCUUCUGCUCCCUCAUCACGUGGGGACCUUUAUGUUGUAGCGUAGAGUAUAUAACACUCAGAAUCUGAUACGGAACUUGGUAAGUAAGAUUUCAGCUCCAAACAGUAAUCAUCGUUCCCAUCAGGAAGGCUCUAACUGUUCAUAAACAUGCCAGGUGUCCUAUGUGGGGCCAACCUGCACUGAGAAAGGGAAACUAAAGGGGCCCCAGGAAAAAAAAAACCCCAAAACUGCUUUUUUGCUCCUUUUCCUGCUUCUGUUCUUGCUAGGACCUGUACCCUUGCCUUCUCCCUGCCUUAAUGUAAGUCCUCUUCGUCACGGUCAAGGAGUUAACCAUCUCUUUGGAGUCGUCCAGCACAACAGGUAACAAACAUCAGGGAGGGCUCAUCACGCAGGCUUUCCAAGACCCCAGACUCCAGCUACCUUGAUGCCAACAUCCCUGGCUCCAGGGCGUAAGUGACUUAUGGAGGACAUCUGCGCACUUGUCCUUGUUUUGACCCGUUCUGGGAUGCCUGAGACAUGUACACCAGACCGUGAUCUUCAAUAAAAACCCCAACCCUGAGCAAAGGACUCUCUCCUUUCCUUCCUGAGUCUCCCAGACGCUCGGUUCGCUAUGCUCUAUCAGAUAUGCUAUUUAAUAUACUAUGCUCUCACUUCCUCUCAGUUCGCAUUUGAUUUCUGUCCUACACAAAACCAAAGACCCUCUUGUUUGGUCCUGAGGGACUCCCUCCGGGUCCUCGGAGAGGCCAGCCUGCAUCAGUAUGAUGGGACACAGAGUACAAGAAUAUGUACUUUGACUUGAUGGAAGGAAGAACUUUCAGUCACAGCAGACUGCAAAAGUUAACUUACUGUUCUGUUAGGCACUACAUUUCCCUUCCUUGGAAAAGUUCCAGCCCUGGGUUUAUCGGAGCCCACAUCCUUGCAAACCUCCGACUUCUCCAGACGGCAUCUAACCUGACCCGCUGAAGGGGCAUUCCCAGCUUCUAAAAGCAGAAAGGCACAAAGGCUUUUCUGGGGCUCCCGCGGGGAAGCUGCUCCCACAGGCUGCUUGGCAAGGAUCCUUUAUCUCUAGCCCCAUUGUACGGACGAGCAAGCCAGGUUUGGGAGAGGAGAAAUGACUUGACCAAGGUCACAGAGCCAGGAAGCAGCCGGCUGAAUCGGGCUUGGAGCCAAGGUAAACCUGUUCUCCUAGCACGGCACCACCCAAUCCCAGGAGGCCAGCGGCUCUGCACCCACGGCCGUACGAGAGGCACCUUCCUCCGCGAGUCUGAACCCUUCUGCAACGUCAGCCACAGGUCCCGCAGCCCGGGAAUGUCCCGCUGCUUUCCGGUCCGCAUCCACCAGCUCGGACCGAGCCUCCAGAGAACUGCUCUCUCUCGCCGAUCUGAUACCCACACAGCUACCUCGGGCGGUGAAAACUUCCCACCCAGGGCUCGGCCUCGGCUUAAUGCAAACAAAAUGAAACAAAAGGCGACCAGUGAAAAUCGGGCGUCCGGAGCGGCUGGGUCCUUCCCCUCACCUUUCCUCUUCCGCCACCUGGAGCGACUGGUUCCGCGCCCUCACGGGGCACGAGGACGAGGAGGCGGCAACCGCUCCUGUUCGGCUCUUCCCAGUUGGCCGGGCCGGCUGCGCCUCGUUUCUCUGGUGACCAUGGGGGACCCCAGCAAGCAGGACAUACUGACCAUCUUCAAGCGCCUCCGCUCGGUGCCCACCAACAAGGUGUGUUUUGACUGUGGUGCCAAGAACCCCAGCUGGGCAAGCGUGACCUACGGGGUGUUUCUCUGCAUCGACUGCUCGGGGUCGCACCGGUCCCUCGGCGUUCAUCUGAGUUUUAUUCGAUCUACAGAGCUGGACUCCAGCUGGUCUUGGUUUCAGCUGCGAUGCAUGCAGGUUGGAGGAAAUGCUAACGCGUCUUCCUUUUUCCAUCAGCACGGCUGUACCACCAGUGACACCAACGCCAAGUACAACAGUCGCGCUGCCCAGCUCUAUCGGGAGAGAAUCAAGUCACUAGCGUCCCAGGCGACACGGAAGCACGGCACCGACCUGUGGCUGGAUAGCUGCGUGGUUCCGCCUUCGACCCCUCCACCAAAAGAGGAAGAUUUUUUUGCCUCUCAUGCUUCUCCUGAGGCGGCGAGCGGCACAGGGUGGGCCUCAGCACAGCCAGAAGCAUCUUUGCCACCUCGGGACGUGGAAACCACUCCGGCUCAUAACGAAGGUGGACCAGAGCAAGGACCGAGUGUGGAAGGUCUUAAUGCACCAACGAAGGCUGGUUUAGAGGUGUCCUCUAUCAUAAAAAAGAAACCAAAUCAAGCCAAAAGAGGACUUGGGGCCAAAAAAGGAAGUUUGGGAGCCCAGAAAGUGGCGAAUACAUGCUUUAAUGAAAUUGAAAAACAAGCCCAGGCUGUAGAUAAAAUGAAGGAACAGGAAGACCUUCUGGCCAGGGCGGCGCCUAAGGAAGAAUCAAUCGCGUCAUCACUGCGAUUAGCCUACAAGGAUCUCGAAAUUCAAAUGAAAAAGGACGAGAAGGUGAACAUGAGCGGCAAAAAAAAGACAGAGUCCGAGAGACUCGGCAUGGGAUUUGGAAACUGCAGAAGUGGCAUUUCACAUUCCGUGACGUCAGACAUGCAGACCAUUGAACAGGAAACACCAAUCAUAACAAAACCCAGAAAGAAGUACAGCGAUGAUAAUGAUGAUUCAUAUUUCACUUCCAGCUCAAGGUACUUGGAUGAGCCAGUGGAGUUCCGAAGCAGCUCUUUUUCCAGCUGGGACGACAGUUCAGACUCCUACUGGAAAAAAGAGACCAUCAAAGAUGCUGACGCCGUCCUGAAGACCACAGGCUAUUCGGACAGAUCUACUGCUCGCCGUAAGCCAGACUACGAGCCAGUUGGAAAUACAGAUGAGGCUCAGAAGAAGUUCGGGAAUGUCAAAGCCAUAUCGUCAGAUAUGUACUUCGGAAGACAAGCCCAAACUGAUUAUGAGGCCAGGGCUCGGCUGGAAAGGCUUUCGGCGAGUUCCUCCAUAAGCUCAGCCGAUCUGUUCGACGAGCAGAGGAAACAGUCAGCAGGAAACUACAGCCUCGCAAACGUGCUGCCCACGGCGCCCGACAUGGCCCAGUUCAAGCAGGGAGUGAGGUCCGUGGCUGGGAAGCUCUCGGUCUUUGCUAACGGAGUCAUGACUUCCAUUCAGGAUCGCUAUGGCUCCUAAUACGCCCGCGGCUGAUACCUGUUCCCCGGGGAAGCUCCUCCCUCUGUGAUCCAGUGACCACAUCGCAGACCGCAGCUGGGACCAGCAGAUUGUUUUGCUACUUUGUCACAUGGUAUAUAUGCAUUACUGAUUUUUAGCAUUUCUUUGGAGAAAUUCUCAUUUUUGAUGUAGUAGAAGCUUUAUUGUAAUUCCUAUUGUGCAUUUCCUCCUGCACACGCCCCGCAUUUGGGCAGAGGCGUGCAUAUCCUUGCUUGAUUUUUGUGGAAUCUAGUUCCAGCAGCCGGAGGGCCUGGAGACCAGGGCUUCUCCCCACUCCGAGGACAGAGCCUUCCUUGUGGGGGUCGGGGGGUCUCGGGUCUCGGUGCUGAGUGACCUAGGGACCGAGGGCCCCACGAGCCGCCGAUGCUCCAGGGACCUGGAGAAACAAAAUGCACAGCAUGCAUUUCCUUCAGAAAGAAGCAAAGAAUAAAAACAAAAGACCAAAAAUGUCUAAUUUGACAGAUUGCUUCACUUAUAUUUACGCAUAUUAAGGGGAUUUCAAAAUAAUGUUGAAAGUCGUCUGUCCCUUUGUAAAUGUUUAUUUUGUAUGAUCUAUAAAUUAAAAAAUAAUUUUCAGUGAGUACUUUUAACAAACCUAAGCUUCUGCAUUGCCAAGGGAAUCAGUCUUUCCACAUGGUAUUGUUUGAACCGAUGGGACCUGGGAGGUGAGAAUUCCCUGAGUGCAUUCACAAACAGAGAGCUCGCAGAGUUCAAAAUGAAGAGGAAGAUAGACCCAUGGAAAAGACUUCAGUGUAUGGGAGAAGAGUAGUUGUAACUGGGUAGUUUUGUUAAUAUUUUUUAUCUUAAUCUUGGUUUUCAAAAAAUUACAGAAUGUGUAUAAAUGAAUAAAGACAAAUAAUUUAGCUGUGUUUUAGACAGCAUUAGAAUAUAUUGUUCAGCACAGUAAAAUAUAUUUGAAAUUUGAUGAACCAGAAAUGUGGUUUCCACUGAAUAUUUUGUGAAUUUUUCUUAAAAGAUCAAAUUUGUAGACUAAACAUAAUAAACCCUUGCAGCAGA